AUGGGAUCAAACGACGAGAAACCUCCUCGACAAGCUCUUCCUAAGAGAGGUAGAUCUUUUUCCGAAUCCUUGAGGGGCCUCUUCAAACAGCAGUCGAACCCUCCAACUCCAAAUAAUAGUGCCAAUACUUCAAGAGAUAAUACGGCACCUCCAUCACCGGUUUCUGAAGGUUCAGCUCCUGGUCCUAAAAGAAAUAAUAGUAAAGGUAGCAAAUUGGGUAAAUUGGCAAGUAAUAAAGAAGCAGAACUAAGUAGCUCAAGAGGUGCACCACCACAAGGAGUAGCGAGUCAAGCCAUACAGUCAAACCCAGCAGGCGUAACGACUAAGCAACAUCAUCUAGGAUUACCUCACCUUGGUAAAUUAUCACUGGGCCAUGAUUCAACUGGCGUUGCAGCUACAGGUUCUGAUAAUGAUGCAUUUUCACAAGAAUCUUAUUUGAGUGAAGAAGAGGAUUUAUCCCAAAUGAGAAGACAACAAUCGCCUGAUGUUGUUCCGGAGGUAGACGAAGAAGGAGAUGGCAUCCAGGAUAAUCCACCACGUACUGGAUCUGCAUCUUCUAUGGACUCUACAAGACACCAUAGAAAUAUACCGCCUGUAGGCGCUACCAAUCUAAAUCCAAACGUGUCGAUCGAUGCAGCUUUAGAGAACGAAGACAUGGAAAAUAAAAAUCAUCCCAAAUAUGCCAAUCCAACAUAUGCCAGAAAUGGUCUUGGAUUUCUUAAAAGAGGUAAUAAUUCAUCAUCAUCAUCACUUUCAUCGAAAGGUUCCUAUUCAAAGAAUAAAACUAGAAGCCAUGCAGAUACUGUUAGUGCAUCAAAUCUAUCCAAAUAUUCAGAAUCUGAUUCAAAAUGUAUUUUACAGGUAGAAAAUUUCAAAGUAUUUGAAAAUGGUACGCAUGAACAUAAUUUGAAAGUAACUCCACUGGUAUCUGAGACUAGUGAUAAAGGUGGUGAAUCUUUGACAAGACAAAAAUCUGCAUUUUCAUUGACUCAUAUGUUUAAGCCACGAAAGGAAGAUAAUAAAUUACUGGAAGGUGCCGUCAGUUUAAUACCAGAUCACAGACGUCACCGUAUAUAUGAUAAUGACAGUGGCAAUGGUAGUGGCGACGAUGAAAAUGAUAAAGAGAGUCUUUUAGAAGAAGAUAUGUCCGACAUUAGAAGUAAAUCGAAAUUGGAAAAAUCUAAAGGAGGUAAAGCUGAUGAUGAAAAUUUGAAAACCCCCAAAAUUGUCAAUCCCAUGGCAGCUGUCGGUUCAGAAGAAUUAAAAUUGAUUAACACUUUAUCUGAGAGGAUUCAUAAAAGUUUCAAGAGCAAAGGUUCUAAAUCUCACGUGCUGGGAGAAGGCCAUUCACAAAGACGUAGUGAACCUUUAGAAGAAGUUGAAAAAAAGGGAUCCAAGUUUUUUGAAGUAUAUGGUAAACCAGUAGGUAUAAUUGGCCAUGGUGCAUACGGUACCGUAAAAGUUUGUGCAAGGGCUAGAAACCCAAAGGAUGCUCUGCCAUUACCGAGUUUCUCUAAUGGUAAGAGGUUGUUUUUUGGUGUUAAAGAAUUAAGACCAAAAUCCACAGAUAAAAUCGAACAAUUUAGUACAAGAAUUACCUCAGAAUUUAUCAUUGGUCACUCUUUAGGUAGAUGUCAAAAAAAUUCUAAGGGUGCUCCAAACAUUUUGAAAAUAUUGGAUCUUAUGGAAUGUCAUGAUUCUUUCAUCGAAGUUAUGGAAUUUUGCCCUUCUGGUGAUCUUUACAAUUUGUUAACUCGGAAAUCGAAGACUGGGACAGUGCUGCAUCCGAUUGAAGCAGACUGCUUUAUGAAACAACUAUUACAUGGUGUUCAAUUCAUGCACAUGCACGGUGUUGCACAUUGUGAUUUAAAACCUGAAAAUAUUUUAUUUUACCCCAAUGGUCUUCUGAAAAUCUGUGAUUUUGGGACUAGUUGUGUUUUCCAGACUGCAUGGGAAAAGCAUGUACAUUUCCAAUCAGGUACUAUGGGAUCAGAACCUUAUGUGGCACCAGAAGAAUUUAAUCAUAGUAAAGAAUACGAUCCGAGAUUAGCAGAUUGUUGGUCUUGUGGUGUCGUUUAUUGUACAAUGGUAUUGGGUCACUACCUAUGGAAGGUUGCCAUUAGAGGUAAAGAUAUGUUAUACGAUUCAUUCUGCAGGCCGAUGGCAGAAGAAAAGGAAUUUACAGUUUUCGAAGAGAUGAGACAUGCAAAUCCAGAAAUCAAUCGUUUAAGAAAAAUUGCAUUGUAUUAUAUUUUCCAAGUGGAUCCUACGAAGAGAAUUACCGUUGAUGAAUUACUGCAGACAUCAUGGAUGAAAAAAACAAAAUGCUGUGUAUUUUACAGUAGAGGAAAACCUUAG